UGAAGGAGGCAUUCCAACUAGGAGCCGUAAGGGGAGACGGGAUAAUAGUAUUCCAUUGGUGGAUACGGCUCCCUUGUGAUUUUUUUUCUCGUUUCUGUCCCCGUGUGAGUUAAUGGCUCCUCCUGCAAAAGAGAGAGACGGAGCCCGUCCAGAGGAGCAGAGGGGGGAGCUGUCCGAAAAACACAAAUAACACCCCGUAAAAGAUCUAAUCACCAUCGCAAUUGUCUUUAUGCUUCUCAAAAUAGGACAACGGAGUUGGAUCUAGAGGUCCAAAGAAAACCAGAAACGAACGUUGGAGCAAAACAUUCUAUUUUUUAAAUUACCAACUCACCAAAUGAACUCCGUCAGGGCAACCAACAGAAGACCCAGGCGAGUAUCGAGGCCGCGCCCGGUGCAGCAGGAACGGAACAACGGUGAAAGAGAUGAGGACGUGCCUGCAGAUAUGGUCGCAGAAGAAUCCGGUCCAGGAGCUCAGAACAGUCCCUAUCAACUCCGCAGAAAGUCCUUGUUGCCCAAGAGAUCAGCGUGCCCUACCAAGAGCAGUAUGGAGGGUGCCUCCACGUCCACCACAGAAACGUUCGGCCACAGAGCGAAGAGAGCUCGUGUGUCAGGGAAGUCCCAGGACCUACCUGCGGCUCCUGCAGAACAGUACCUACAGGAGAAGCUGCCAGAUGAGGUGGUUCUGAAGAUAUUCUCAUAUCUUCUGGAGCAAGACCUGUGCCAGGCGGCAUGUGUGUGCAAACGUUUCAGCGAGCUGGCCAAUGACCCCAUCCUCUGGAAGAGGCUUUACAUGGAGGUGUUUGAAUACACGCGUCCUAUGAUGCAUCCAGAGCCAGGGAAGUUCUACCAAAUCAACCCCGAGGAGUACGAGCAGCCCAACCCCUGGAAGGAGAGCUUUCAGCAGCUGUACAAGGGUGCACAUGUAAAGCCUGGCUUUGCUGAGCACUUCUACAGCAAUCCAGCCAGGUACAAAGGGAGAGAAAACAUGCUGUAUUACGACACCAUUGAGGAUGCGCUGGGUGGAGUCCAAGAGGCCCACUUUGAUGGCCUCAUCUUCGUCCACUCCGGCAUCUACACAGACGAGUGGAUCUACAUCGAGUCCCCCAUAACCAUGAUAGGAGCAGCGCCUGGUAAAGUAGCUGAUAAAGUGGUGAUUGAGAACACAAGGGACUCCACCUUUGUGUUCAUGGAGGGCUCAGAAGAUGCCUAUGUGGGUUAUAUGACCAUAAAGUUUAAUCCAGACGAUAAAUCAGCCCAGCACCAUAACGCCCACCACUGCCUGGAGAUCACAGUCAACUGCAGUCCCAACAUUGACCACUGUAUCAUCCGCAGCACCUGCACAGUGGGCUCAGCGGUAUGCGUCAGUGGUCAAGGGGCGUGUCCCACCAUCAAGCAUUGCAACAUCAGUGACUGUGAGAAUGUAGGCCUGUACAUCACGGACCACGCACAGGGCAUAUAUGAAGACAAUGAGAUCUCCAACAAUGCCCUUGCGGGCAUCUGGGUGAAAAACCAUGGCAACCCCAUCAUCAGACGGAAUCACAUUCAUCAUGGGCGGGAUGUAGGAGUCUUCACCUUCGACCAUGGCAUGGGCUAUUUCGAGAGCUGCAACAUCCACAGGAACCGUAUUGCAGGCUUUGAGGUGAAGGCCUACGCUAAUCCCACAGUAGUGCGCUGUGAGAUCCAUCACGGCCAGACAGGUGGCAUUUACGUGCACGAGAAAGGCCGGGGCCAGUUCAUUGAGAACAAGAUCUAUGCCAACAACUUUGCCGGAGUGUGGAUAACGUCCAACAGCGACCCAACCAUCAGGGGGAACUCCAUCUACAACGGCAACCAAGGAGGCGUGUACAUAUUCGGUGAUGGGAGGGGCCUCAUUGAAAUGAAUGACAUCUACGGCAAUGCACUGGCAGGCAUCCAGAUCAGAACCAAUAGCUGCCCCAUCGUCAGGCACAACAAAAUCCAUGACGGCCAGCAUGGAGGCAUAUACGUGCAUGAGAAAGGCCAGGGCGUGAUUGAGGAGAACGAGGUGUACAGUAACACGCUGGCUGGAGUGUGGGUGACCACGGGGAGCACGCCAGUCCUCCGGAGGAAUAGGAUACACAGCGGCAAGCAGGUGGGGGUGUACUUCUAUGACAAUGGCCACGGAGUGCUGGAGGAUAAUGACAUCUACAACCACAUGUACUCUGGGGUGCAGAUCAGGACUGGCAGUAACCCUAAAAUUAGACGCAACAAGAUCUGGGGUGGACAGAAUGGUGGCAUCCUUGUCUACAACUCUGGCCUGGGAUUCAUCGAGGACAAUGAGAUCUUUGACAAUGCCAUGGCUGGGGUGUGGAUCAAGACCGACAGCAAUCCCACACUGCGCAGGAACAAGAUCCACGAUGGCCGAGAUGGAGGGAUCUGCAUUUUCAAUGGGGGACGGGGCUUGCUGGAGGAGAAUGACAUUUUCCGGAAUGCACAGGCCGGUGUGCUGAUCAGCACCAACAGCCACCCUGUCCUGCGCAAGAACCGCAUCUUUGACGGCUUCGCCGCAGGCAUUGAAAUAACAAACCACGCUACCGCCACCCUGGAGGGUAAUCAGAUCUUCAACAACCGCUUUGGUGGUCUGUUUCUUGCAUCCGGAGUCAAUGUCACCAUGAAAGAUAAUAAAAUAAUGAACAAUCAGGAUGCCAUAGAGAAGGCAGUGAGCAGAGGCCAGUGCCUGUACAAGAUCUCCAGUUACACCAGCUAUCCCAUGCAUGACUUCUACAGAUGUCACACCUGUAAUACAACGGACAGAAAUGCCAUCUGUGUGAACUGCAUUAAGAAGUGUCACCAAGGACACGAUGUAGAAUUUAUACGGCACGACAGGUUUUUCUGUGACUGCGGUGCGGGAACGCUGUCCAACCCGUGCACAUUGGCAGGAGAGCCCACCCACGACACAGACACUCUGUACGACUCGGCGCCCCCUAUUGAGUCGAACACGUUACAGCACAACUGAGCCCUGCCCCAACCCCCCGUUUUGCCCUGGCCUGGCCGCCACCCGCCUGCCUAUUGGACAUGAGCUUCUGCUGCCCUGCACGCAGAAAGACUCUGUGAUGACUGUCACACACGGGGGGGGGGGGGGGGGAAGACCCUUCGGAGAGCUGGAGGAAGCAGCCAGACCAGGGUGGAGCUGUGCCCCUCAAUGUCCCAGCGCUGGUGGAAGAGACCACGCCAGUGCUCACUGCAACGCACACGGACCUACAGAGACUUGCCUGGCCUCUCAGCUCAGCUCCAUAAAGUGGCCUUUGGAUGCAAAUAAAGGUGGAGAAGAGCGGGGGGGGGGAGGGUGGGAAGGAGGGGGGGGGGGGGUCGCGUGUUAAGCAGUUGGAGGACUCAGGACGGGGGGGGAAAAUGGAGGAGGAUGUGGUCCCGGGUGUCCAUUCGGGUUGGGGCACAACAUGUUACUGUCACUGCUCCCCCUACCACCACCACCACACCCUCCUGACCUCUCCAGUGUGUGAAGACUAGACUGGAGGAGGGAGCGCCGCAGUUUUGUACAGAAUCCACAGCAAAGGCCUAGAGAUGCCCCCCCCCCCCCCCCAACCCCCACUAGAGAGGGGUUUACCUGGACAGGAGGAUAAGCCAUGGUGACAUGGCCACCAUAGCAGCUGUUUCUUAGGCAACAGAGGCGCCGGUGUUUAUGUAUGUUUAAAGAAAAAAAAAUGUAAUAAUAAAAAAGAAACAAUGUGAUUAGCACUGCUGCCUUUUUAAUAUGGUAAUCUGAUCAACAAAUAUGAUUUAAUGCUUUCUCAUGUAGUUUUGUAUUUUCCAGCAAAAAAAAAAAAAAUCUUACUGUAUUUGAAUGUCUUUUAUUUUAUUAUAUAUUAUAAUUAUUCAUAUUGUUAUUAAUAUUUUUUGUUGUUGUUGUUAGCACACCAUAGGCUUGCUGUCAUCAUACUCUUGUCCCAGCAGCUAAGUUCUUUCUGUGAAAGAGGAUUACUGCAAAAAAAAAAAAGAAAAAAAGAUUGGAAACUGAACACUAAAAUAUGUCCUCCAGCUUUGUAGUGCUUGGAAACGGUAGGCUGUGUUUGGUUUGUGAUGUAGGAGACCUGGCAGUGUGUUUGAAAUGGACAGUGGAAGAGUGUGUGUGUGUGUGUGUGAGAGUGUGGAUGAUUUUUAUUUAUACUACCCAUGUUACUCUUGUAUGUUUCUCCCAACUUCCUCUCACAUUGUGGUCAUGUCGAAUUAAAAUGGGCAGUUAUUCAAUGUAGUGUCUUUCUUUGGAAGACUUGGAACUUUGGAAUGUUGAAUCCAACAUGAUGUACCUCAGAGACGUAAGAAGCCAGAUGAGAUGAGAGAUUUACUCUGUCGAAACGCAUCGGGAAAAGGAAAGGACCUUGGAGCUAACAGAGUUGCUGCUUGUCACUUUAGCUGACAUUGAUGUGUUAUGUUCAAUUCUCACCAUUUCCAUAAUACAUCCACAUCCCAAUGCACAUUGAGACGUUACGGGAACACAUCUGUGUUCAGAUAGGUCCGAAGACCUGCCAGUUUUCCGUUCUGUGUUUUAGUGUUUUUUUGUGUUUUGAAUGGUGUGUGUUUUGAGGGUGUUUAAAAAAGAUGCAAUGCUGGAGAUUAAGAAUAGUGAUCUGAGGCCUGACGUGAGACGAGCACCCCCCUACCCUGCCCUCCCCUUCCCCUCCCAUCUGUGUGUACUGUUGUGACUGUGGCUCCUCAUGCAGCCUGGACUGUAUGCAUGUACCAUAACAUCUACACUUAAUAUAUGUGAAGUAUUCAAUAACCAUUAUGUAGAUGCUAGGAUUAUUUGAAAGGGGUUUAAUUUCCUAGAAAAAACUGGUCAUUUUUAAGGAAAUAAACUUUAUUAGAUCGGUG